AUGCUGCCACCAUUAUCCACUCUCCCCGAAGAAGACCCAGUGUUCCGCUUGACACCUGCACACUCGCGCGAACGAUAUGGCGGUACCGAUUAUUCGUCCUUGUCAUCACGCUCGAUGAGCAGGAAGGCGUCUGUCGCCACUUUUACAUCAAUAUUUUCUAUGCGGUCUGGUAGCUCUGGAAAUGUUUCGCAUAUCUCACAUUCGUUUUCACGUGCACACUCGCCAUCGGUUUCGCUGUCGACCACUCUUCCAUAUUCAAACUCGCAAUCAGGCUCGAAUUCAGGUUCGCUGGUUGGGAGACGUGCGCAUGGUUCGAAUGCUGGUUCGGUGGAUUCUGGGCGUGGGCCUGUACCAUCGUCUAGCAUGUCAUCGUUACAGUCCAAGUCGUCGAUGGAUCUACGAGCUCUUGCUAACGCGCGUAGCAGACAGGGGAGUCAAAGUAGCGGUUUGUCCUUGCAGUCACGUUCCUCGACACGGACAAAGUUCGAACCCCACGUCCAAGCUCAAGCACGUAAGUCGCCGAGUGCGGAGGAAGUUUCGCUUGGUUUACGCGCGUAUACCGGGAACCCGUAUGCUGUUGCUGUGCAAGCUGAAUUGGAGGGGAAAGCUAGCAAAUACGAGAGCCCGAGUAAGGCGAAGUUUGACGAUGAGGAGCUUGUGCUUGAUAUUAGCCAAGAUGCUGUGGCGCCUACUAUUGAAAGCGAGCCAGAAGUGACAGGUUGGAAGACGUACGACUCGGUAUUAGAGGCGGCGGGUCUUUUCGAGCCCGGUACUUCGGCGGGGACUGUCCGUCCUUCGACACAACCUACGGAGGUGGAAAUUGAUACGACGCCUUCCCUGUCAGUAGAUACCGAAAUUGGAGCUGAUGAUAGCUCAACGUUGAAUACUGUUCGUACCCACACGAACGGAUACGGAUACUCUAGUGGCAGAGGUGGAUCAGGGAGAGAUUGGGAUGGUGCGGGUGGUUAUACUGGGCACAGUAGUGGAUUUGGUGGCAGAUAUGGCAGUUCAGGCAGUGAUGAAAGUGGUGGCAGGAGAGGCGGUCUUAACACAGGACGACGUGGGCGAGAUGACAGUCGUGGCGGCGACGGCGAGCGACAGAAUCGGAAGUUGCCAGUCUCGGCCCCAUCAUCGAGCGAAGAGGAGUCAGAGUCGGAGAGCGAGACCAGCUCAGAUGACUACGGGGAGGAGACUGGUAUCGUCCAUAGACCUGCUGCGCCACAAAUACCUUCUGUCCGCGCACCUUCCGCAGCAUCGAAUUCGCAAGAAGAGCCUGUAUCACCUAUAUUCAGUCAACUGCGAAACGGCCGCAAGGGAGUUUUCAGGCCCCCUACAAUCACCACCACUGCUGAUACCUCCGAACAAAGACGACCGCCGACUGCUGAAGACGAUGAUGUACCACUUGCGCAGCGAAUUCCGGGAGCGUUGCACGCGCAGCAAACGAUUCGACAGCAGGUAAGGAGUGAGCGAGACCGAAGACGACGAGAUCGCUCCGUGGCGCCUACGCCGCGCACGUCACGCGCACCUGAGGGAACAAUCUCCCCUCCCCCACAGCAUGUGCCUUCCGUCAACCAGGACGACCGAGGUCGCUCGCUUAUAGCUCGACUGCCAAGGACCGCACCUCUCGGUGCUGCCGCUGCAACGUUAUCGAGCAGCCAGGAAGCGGCGAUCAUUGCACAACGUAUGACCCAACCGCAGCACGUCCAGCAGAUUCCGCGCCGCCAAAGGGCAAAAACACUCAGCGGUGCGGAUGCUGGUAUCCCGCCAGAAGAUCUGAUGAAGCGCUUGCUGAAAGUACAGGCGCGCGAUACUGAUGCGCCCCUGCCUACGCAACGAAUAUCUGGAUCGGCGGCUGGGCAUCUCCAGCAGCAAAGCUCUCAUGUGCGGGACGCGACUCCAGCAGAGGCGAUGUCACGUCGAAAACCGGUUCCUGGUCAAGAUAUUAUGCUACCUACCGCUCAUCAGACUCUUCCUAACACUCCUGGUCCUUCUGCUCCACCUGCUCAUACCCUGCGACCUAUGCGUUCACUCCAUAAUUUAACCCCUGUGGCAGGCGCUGCUACUACAUCGGCUCCGAUGGCCUCUGCAACCGUGGCACGCCGUCCGACCUCUUCAAGAGGACGACCUAGUCAAGAGGCAAAUACCGUGCCAGAUGGUCUUAUGCGCAAUAAGUCACUCAGGGGUACCCGACCGUCUAUUGACAAGACAAAUGCGGAAGAAGCGGAGGCCCUACGUUCCCCUCAUCCUCGUGUGCAAUCUCAUCAUGUGCCCCCUGUUCCCGCAGUAUCGAGAGGACCAUCUCCACCUGCUCGGUCACAUCGACACGUCGUACAGAUGCGCGUGUAUAUCGGUGAUAUGCAGCGAUUUAAUGUCGUUGAGGCUGGGCUUGAGACGAGUGCAAGAGAUGUGCUUGACAUGCUGAAGCAGCAGGGGGACCUCCGUGGAGAGGACCGCCGGUUAAAUAACUGGAUGCUGUAUGAAGUGUGUCAUGAUUUUGGCAUGGAGCGACCUGUGAGGAGCUUUGAGCUCGUCACUGAUAUAUCUGGGUCGUGGAAUAAGGAGAAGACGAUGAACUGUUUUAUGGUUAAGCAAUCACCCUUUGCGCACUCCCUUGCUACUAUCCCUUCAAGCAUCCCUACGCGGAGUGGUUUCGUUGAUUAUGAGAGCAAGAAGGGCAAAUGGAACAAGCGUUGGCUUGAGCUGCGUGAACACGGCCUUUGGGUUUCCAAACGCGAGGGCAAAGACGAUGAAUUCCUGUGUUCACUAUCAGCGUUUGAUGCAUACAUCGUCACGCGGAUCCAUAAAGCAACGAAAAGCUUCACGUUUGCCGUGAAAUCCACCGACCCAAUCACGCUUUUCGAGAACAAGGCGGACUAUCUGCAUGUGUUCUCUGUUCCUGAGGAUACGGGGAUGGCGUGGGUAGAGGCUAUUUGGCUCGCGCGAUCGUAUAUCCUCUAUCAGGAGAAGAAUGUGUUGUUCAGGAACAAAAUGUCAAGCGAAGGCACCAGCUCCACUCUCAGUUCGAGUGGGGGACUCACGCGUUCCGGUACUCGCAAAAAGCCUGCGCAGACAUAUGUCACUCUAACACAGCCUAAAGUACCCGGAGUAACGGAUGUAAAUGGACCAUUUGAACCAGGUUCCUUGCUCGCACGACGGGCUGCUACAUGA